AUAUGGAAAAGCUUGAUGUUUUCCCCGAUCGAAAUUUCCGAAGUGCUGUACAAAGAGAGCAUAGACUGUGAUUUAAAGCUUUUGCUACGCUGUGAUAUAUUCUACCCUAUUCUCCCCGACUUGGCACACGCGGAUAAUGUGAGGUUUUUGCAGCAUCUUGCAAUAAAGUUUGAGUACUGGAGCCUGCACCGCACUGUUUACUUCGAGGACCUUUUCGAUACACUCCAGUACCUGCUCACGUCGUUGAUGAUGAACCUUGAGUUCAAAUUCCCGCUUGUAUUCUCCUACUACGGGAAGCAGUUGGUGAAAAUUAACUACAAAAAUCUCAAGCGGAACGCGACUUUGCUCGCUACACCGCUAGAUAAUGCGUACGCACCUGAUCACAACGCAAUAUUGGGUGCGGUGCUCCGCAAGCUCCAGGGGGUAAUUCUCUACGAGUUCAACACUUUGAACGUCAUGAAGGAGUGUGAG